AUGGUGCGUCCCAGGGGUCUCUCUACCGCUUCUUCUGUUUCCUCAGUUCCUGAUCAGGAUCAGGAACUGGGGAGCAUGUACGAUUACCUUGCCAAGGUAAUUCUCCUGGGACCUAGUGGUGCGGGGAAAUCCUGUGUGCUACACCGAUUCGUCAAGAAUGAAUGGCGCGUACUAUCAUCACAGACCAUCGGAGUCGAAUUCUCUUCCCGAAUCAUUAAGCUAGGCACCGGCUCAAGACGGAAACGCAUCAAGCUCCAACUUUGGGAUACCGCUGGCACGGAAAGAUUCCGAUCCGUAUCUCGAUCCUACUACCGCGGUGCCGCCGGCGCCAUCCUCAUCUAUGAUGUCGCCUCUUAUCCUUCAUUCGCCGCCCUUCCAACCUUCCUGAUGGACGCGCGAGCGCUAGCCUCCCCAAACUUGACCGUUCUCCUAGCCGGGAAUAAGGCCGACCUGGCCGAUCAAUCCUCCGAGGCGCACGAAGACUCUGCGCGACCUCCACCCACCCCGUCGAGUACCUCCAGCAAACAUUCCUCGAUGCAUUUCGACGGCAAUAGCUCCAUGCGAUCGACCAACUACCUGGGCACGGGUACUCGGAUGACUGCGACGUUCGCUGAGGAUCGGGAGGUGAGCCGGGAGGACACGGCUCGAUGGGCGGCGCAAUCGAAUAUCCCAGUGGCCGUUGAGGUCUCUGCGCUCACGGGCGAAGGUGUGGAGGAGAUCUUUCAUCGACUCGCGCGCAUCAUCCUCACGAAGAUCGAGCUGGGUGAGAUCGACCCGGAUGACCCCCAAAGUGGCAUUCAGUAUGGAGAUGGAGGACUAUAUGGCCAUGGCACCAGCGACGCCUCAAGCAUUCGAAGCAGAACCACGUUAGAUGAGAACUCUCUAUCACUUCAUCGACCCUCCCGCCGACGAGCCAAGGGGCCGGGUUCGGCGGGCUGGGUGGGUGGUAUGAGAGAGUGGGAAGAUGUGUUUCGCUUGGGAGGUCCCCAGUCCCGGAGAAACAAAGGGUGUUGCUGA